UCUGCCCUGCACGCCCACAGGCUCCGUCUCUCUGACACGUCGUGCCUGAGCCAGCCCAGCCAUCAGCGGACACGGAGGGAUGCACGGGGAGGUGCCGUGAGGGGAAGCGGGACGCCUCGUGUGCCUGCAACUUUGGCCGGCCGGUCGCAUUCCUGCUCUGCCCCUUGCCUUCUCCAGGGCAGCUUCCUCCACCUGACACAGCAGGAUUACGGCGCGUUUCCUCUGGUUCGGACGUCCCCGGCUCUCCAUCUGCCACCACAGCGGACAGCUUUUACCAACUUUUUCUUCCUCAUUUUUUUGAUAAGUAUAGACAUUCUUUGGUAGAUCUGUUGUCUAAUGAAGUGUGUUUCGGAACUUUUUUUCACCAGGCAGUGUCAAACGGUUUCAUGACUUGUGUCAGCCUGUGCCUUCUGUAAAAAGGCCGGUAACAGAAGAGUUUGAAAAAGCUGAAUCUGCUUUUCAUCAUGAAGUUAUGGACAUAAGGACCUGAAGGAAAUUCCACAUGUAGAAUAGUGGCCAGGUGAGACCACUAGCCCACCACUGUGUUUCAGUGCUGAACUUCCUUCAACUUGUUUUUUUGGGGUUUUUUUUUUGAUUGCCAGCAAAUUUAAAUGUUCAUAUUUUUCACACUUCAGUUCUUUGUGGGCGGGAAAAAAAACGAUGACUGUUUUCCAGUAGAAAUAAAGCCGUGAGUGCAGUCCAUUCUUCACUGCUUCUACACAGCGUCUAGCAGCACGGCAACAGCUGAGAGAAAUUAUUCACAGAUCCCUGGACUUCAGCUCAAAUCAGAAGGAGGCAUGGAGAUAACUAACUCCUCCGUUUAAGGUGAUAAAUAAUUAACCCGGGGCGAGGGACUGCGGGACAGGGAGGGAUGAGGCUCCAGGGCUGGAGAGGGGGGACGAGGCUCCUGCUGCUGCUGCUGCUGUGCGUUUGGGCUGAGCCGACUCGCACCAAGCCCCCCCGGCACCGCGGGGCCCGGAGACAGAGCCGGGAGCCCAAACAGCCGCAGGAAGUGAUGCUGGCGGUCAUCCUCCCGCGGUACAACGUCACCUACCCCUGGGCCUGGCCGCGUGUGGCGCCGGCGCUGGAGCGCGCCAUCGCCAGGAUCAACGAGGACCCCGCGCUGCUGCUGGGAUACCGGCUGAACUACACCUACAAGAACAACGAGAACGCGCUGGGCUUGUGCGACGAGACCAUCACCCAGCUGGUGGCCGUGGACCUCAAGUUCGACCACAAGCCCUGGGCCUUCAUCGGGCCUGGCUGCGACUACACGUCCUCCGUCGUGGGCCACUUCACCCACCACUGGGGCCUGCCCCUGGUGACGGCGGGGGCUCCAGCCGCCGCCUUCUCCAACACCAACGUGUUCUCCACCAUCACCAACAUGGGCCCCACUCACAGGAAGAUGGGGGAGUUCACCGUGCAAAUCCACCACCACUUCAAAUGGCAGCACCAGGCGAUGCUCCUCUUCUCCGACACCAACAAGGACCACCGACCGUACUAUUUCGCCAUAGAAGGCCUGUAUGAGGAGCUAGGCAAGGAAAACAUCACCGCGGAGCACCUGACAUUCGAUGAGCACAAGCCCAUCCCAUACGCCGGUCUCCUCGAGGACAUCGAGCAGAACGGUCGUGUGGUGUAUGUUUGCUGUAGGCAGGACAUUUUCCGGCAGCUGAUGUUGCACUUCUAUAAGUCUGACCUACCACGGGAGGAGUACGUGUUCUUCUACAUUGAUAUUUUUGGGGACAGCUUGGGCUCUGAGCCUGCCUACCCAUGGGCGAGACAGGAUGCAGAUGACCACACUGCCAAGGCUGCCUUCCAGAGUGUGAAGAUCCUGACAUACUACGAGCCACAGAAUCCUGAGUAUAAGAAGUUUGUGUCUGAGCUGAAAGAGGACUCGAAGAGGAUGUUCAACUUCACGGUGAAGGACUCACUGAAGAACAUAAUAUCUGGAGACUUCUACGAUGGGCUGAUGCUCUACAGCCAUGUCCUGAAUGAAACCAUGGCCGAGGAAGAGGGGAUUCCUUCAGGAAAAGUCGUAACCAAGAGGAUGUGGAACCGCACCUACUACGGAGUCACAGGGUCGGUCCAGAUAGAUGAAAAUGGCGAUCGAGAGAGUGAUUUUGCGCUGUGGGACAUGACUAACAUUGACACUGGCGUCUUCCAGAUAGUGUCUGUCUAUAACGGCUCCCAGAAGCUGAUGACAUCAAUGCCAGGAAAGAGUGUCCAGUGGCCAGGGGGAACCGUACCUCGUGAUGUGCCAUUCUGUGGCUUCAAGAAUGACAACCCAGCCUGCAUAACACGGACCAUCCCUAUGCACCAGAUGGUCUUCAUUGUUUUGUUCUUCGUCUUUGUCAUUAUCAUCACCAUCGCUGCAUUCGUAUACAGGCGGGUGAAGCUGGAGAAGGAGCUGGUUGCUCAGCUGUGGAGGAUAACAUGGGAGGACAUUCAGAUGAGUAACCUGGAGAAGGUGCUGCGCAGUGUAGGCAGCAAGCUCACCCUCUCACUGAGAGGCUCCAAUUACGGCUCACUCCUAACGGCAGACGGCAACUUCCAGGUGUUCACAAAAACAGGCUACUACAAGGGGAACAUAGUUGCCAUUAAGUACAUCAAUAGGAAGCGGAUUGAGUUGACCAGGAAGGUGCUCUUUGAACUGAAGCAUAUGCGGGAUGCCCAGAAUGACCAUCUGAUUCGCUUCAUCGGUGCCUGUAUCGACCCUCCAAAUAUCUGCAUCAUCACCGAAUACUGUCCACGUGGAAGCCUGCAGGAUAUAAUGGAGAAUGAGAGCAUCACAUUGGACUGGAUGUUCAGAUAUUCCCUCAUCAAUGAUAUUGUGAAGGGCAUGGCCUUCCUUCAUAACAGUGUGAUAGUUUGCCAUGGAAACCUGAAGUCCUCUAACUGUGUGGUGGAUAGUCGCUUUGUGCUGAAGAUCACGGACUAUGGGCUGUCCAGCUUUCGCAUCCAAGCGGACUCAGACGAUGCUCAUGCCUUCUACGCCCGGAGGCUGUGGACCGCUCCGGAGCUGCUCCGGAUGGAGAGCCCCCCUCCUGGGGGAACACAGAAGGCUGACAUCUACAGCUUUGGAAUUAUCCUGCAGGAAGUCGCCCUGCGCAGGGGAGCCUUCUACCUGGAGGGGGAGCCACUGAGCCCCAAAGAGGUUAUAGACCGGCUGGCCCUCGGGGAGUGGCCUUACCUGAGGCCCACCGUCUGCCCCCAGAGCCACAGCGAGGAGCUGGGUCAGCUGAUGCAGCGCUGCUGGGCAGAGGAGCCCACGGAGCGGCCAGAGUUUGGUCAAAUCAAGAUCCUCCUGCGCAAGCAGAACAGAGAGAACCGCUCCAACAUCCUGGACAACCUGCUGUCGCGGAUGGAGCAGUACGCCACAAACCUGGAGGAGCUGGUGGAGGAGCGGACACAGGCCUACCUGGAGGAGAAACGCAAGGCCGAGACCCUGCUGUACCAGAUCCUGCCACACUCGGUGGCGGAGCAGCUGAAGAGGGGCGAGACGGUGCAGGCGGAGGCCUUCGACUCCGUCACCAUCUACUUCAGCGACAUCGUGGGCUUCACCGCCAUCUCCGCCGAGAGCACGCCCCUGCAGGUGGUGACCCUGCUCAAUGACCUGUACACCUGUUUUGAUGCUAUCAUCGACAAUUUUGAUGUUUACAAGGUGGAGACGAUAGGCGAUGCCUACAUGGUGGUGUCGGGGCUCCCGGUGCGGAACGGGAAGCUGCACGGCCGGGAGAUCGGCCGCAUGGCGCUGGCCCUGCUGGACGCCGUGCGCUCCUUCAGGAUCCGCCACCGGCCGGACCAGCAGCUCAAACUGAGGAUUGGCAUCCACAGCGGUCCAGUGUGUGCGGGUGUGGUGGGACUGAAGAUGCCAAGGUACUGUCUGUUUGGAGACACCGUCAACACAUCCUCGCGCAUGGAGUCCAAUGGGGAAGCGUUGAAGAUCCACAUAUCGGCUGCCACCCGCGACCUCCUUCAGGAGUUCAACUGCUUCCAGCUGGAACUGCGCGGGGAGGUGGAGAUGAAGGGGAAGGGCAAGAUGAAGACCUACUGGCUGCUGGGGGAGACGCCGAGCAGUACGUGAAGCGCGGAGAACGGAGGAGAGACGGAGGAGAUGAGGAGGUGCAGAGGAGUAGACAUGCCAAGGGAGAGUCGUGUACCUGCUAGCCCCCACUUCCCCUUCCCCCCACAGCCUUCCAGCACACGCCACCGUACCCACAUCCUCUGUCAUCCACACUGUUUGGACCUGCUACCAGCUGAAGUGUGUUUUUCAAUGUACUGUUUCACUUCAUCGUAUUAUUUUUGUUCUUUUUUUCCCCAUUUAUGGCAGGAUACACUUUUUUGUAUAGAGCAUAUUAGUUUCCCAUUGUUUUUCUAGAGUUUAAAGCAGAGUUCUCACCGUACCUCUGGAGACAAAGGUUGGAUUUAGAGUUUGUGUACAUUGCCAUCUGGUGGUCAUGUGAUGUAACUGUAUUUUAAUUUGUGCUUUAAGUGGAUUUAUGUAUCAUCAAGCCCCACCUGUUGAACUGUACAUGUACAGGGGCUAAAAUGUGUAUUAGUGUUUCAGUGUGUUCUUGUCUCUGUUUACAGCAAUAUCACUAUUUUUGUAGUAGUAUAAUAUGAUUCGUCCUGUAUUUUUGCAUUCACCACAUUGGAAAACUCAAAGCAACCUGUGUCAUGUCUUCGCUUUAUUGUAAAUUUAAAGACAAGAAUGCCAUGUACACAACACAAUCACAAUGCACAUGAAAUCAAUGUUUUAUAACAAUACUAUUUCUCGAAAAUUCAGACAAAGGACAUUAUUCUCAUUCAAGAGCAGGAUAGUGAUUGACAUCAUGCCUCUUUGCCCACCACAUUGCUGUGGUCCAGGUACAAAAGUACACAAGUGGACAGCAUGUGCUCCCAGACCUUUUAUGGGCAUUGUUACCCAUCAUAGAACAGCAUUUAUAUCUGAAUUUGACCUUCUCCUGUUAUGGAGAUUGUUGCCUUGGGUUUUGCCUCCAUGCUUUAGGCAUGUCUUUAAUUAUCUGUGGUGUUGUAAAAGCAAUGCUUUCACAAGCCUCCAAGCUCAAUAAAAACUAACAGGGCCUGGAAAUAGAAACAAGCAGCAGGGUGCCAAUUUGGGCUUUUCCCCAAAUCACCGCAGCAUUAGAUUUUCACAAGAGGGACAGAGAACGUUCUGGGAUGUUAUGCCUAACCCAAGGUCAGUGGGUAAGGUCUCACAGCCUUACAGGCGAAUAAAACACUCCACUUUUAUGGGUCUCUUCUGAGACAUUAUAAGCUCAUUCUCGCAUCACAAAGGCCAGACAAUGAAAGUAAAAUAAUCUUUGGUAAUACAUCUUACGAAAUGCGUGUAACUGUGCCCUAUAGACUAGCUUUGCGUUUGAGUUUGACUGUAAGUGUGCAGUACUUUCUUUGAAGUAGUAAACAGAUGGAAGUUUCUGGUA